UUUAUUAACCAAUGUGAGUGUCAUUGAGCAGUAGUAGUUGUUACGGUUAAUUUUCUUUGUUUGCUUUCAUGGCCCAAGACCACUAUGAGUUCAGCCACCCUGACAAAAUUACUCAAACUGAGCCGCCCACACCUUUUCCUAACACACAACUGCACAAACAUGAAAGAAGUCAUGAAGUUCCAUGCCCAUUUCAUCACAAAUGGCCUUUCCAAUGACACCCUUUUCCUCAGCACUGUCCUAUCCUUCACUGCACUCUCUCCUGCUGGGAAUUUAGCUUAUGCCCACUUAGUUUUCAACCACUUAGAUGCUCCAAAUUUGUUCAUGUUCAAUACUAUGAUCAGAGGUUAUGCUUCUAGUUGUGAUCCUAUACAAGCCAUCUCUCUUUACAUUCGACUGUUUCGAUCCGGGCUCUUUCCCAAUAACUAUACCUUCCCUUUUGUCAUCAAAGCUUCAUCCCAUAUUACAGACUCCACGUGUGGACAUGCCAUCCAUGGUUCUGUUAUUAAAUUCGGACACUUAUUGGAUCUUCAUAUAUCGAAUUCACUAUUACACAUGUAUGCUAGUUUUGGGUUCUCGAAAGAGAUUGUUAAGUUGUUUGAUGAAAUGCCUGAACCAGACGUGGUGUCAUGGAAUGUUGUCAUUGAUGAUUAUGCUCAAUGUGGAUGUCUUGGUGAGGUUCUAUACGCAUUUGAUAGGAUGUGGAAUUCUGGGGUUGAACCCAAUUCAGUCACUCUGCUCGGUCUUCUCUCUGCCUGCUCAAAAAUGGGUAAUUUGCAUAUUGGGAGGUUGAUUCAUUUGUAUAUAAUAAAGAAUGAUAUUCAUGUUGGUGAAAAUCUAGGAAAUGGGUUGCUUGAUAUGUAUGCAAAAUUCGGAGAUAUUGAUUCAGCUGAGAAAUUGUUCAAGAGGAUGCCUGUGAAGACGGUGUUUUCGUGGACCUCAAUGAUAGAUUGUUUCAUACAGAAAGGUGAAUUAGAAAGUGCCAGUGUGAUUUUCAAUCAGAUGCCUGAGAAGGAUACAACUUCUUGGAAUGUGAUGCUUAAUGGGUUCAUGGUGGCAGGCAAUAUGAAUUCUGCGGAAGAAAUUUUCAAAGCCAUUCCUGAUAGGGAUUUGGUUUCAUGGAACAGCAUGAUCGUUGGUUGUGCUCAGAACAAGAAAUAUGUAAAAGCCCUGGAAUUCUUUAGAGAAAUGCUGUUUUCAGGAGUUAAGCCGGAUCGAAUAACGCUGGUUAGUGUGUUCUCUCUAUGCUGGUUUACAGGUGCAUUGGAACUUGGUGAGUCCGCUCAUGCUUGUGUGGAGAAACAGAACAUAAAAGGGGAAGAAGUUGAGGUAGCUUUGUUGGACAUGUACUCCAAGUGUGGGGCUCCUGAGAAAGCUCUGAGAGUUUUUAAUGGCAUUCUAAGAAAGUCUGUGCUGGCUUGGAGUGCCAUGAUAGUUGGAUUAGCCAUGAAUGGUCUUGCAAAUGAAGCACUCCACUUCUUCCAUCAAAUGCAAAUUGCAGGAACAAAACCGAAUGAGGUCACUUUCAUUGGUGUCCUAUGUGCAUGCAGUUAUGCGGGGCUAGUUGAAGAAGGUAAAUGGUUCUUCAAUGCAAUGGACCAGAUUUAUGGCAUCAAACCAAGGGCCGAGCACUUUGGUUGCAUGGUCGAUGUUCUGGGACGUGCUGGGCUGUUGAAGGAAGCAGAGAUCUUUAUUCAGAAUUUGCCGGUUAAAGUCGACGCUAGUGUCUGGGGAGCUCUACUCGGUGCGUGUAGAAUGCACGGUGAAGUUCAAAUGGGUGAAAAAGUGGCAAGAAUACUGAAGGAAAUGGAUGCAACUCAUUCAGGUCAAUAUGUACUUCUCUCCAACAUUUACGCUGCGGAAAACAGAUGGUUAGAUGCAGAAAAGGUGAGGAAGGAGAUGAAAGCUUCUGGAGUGCAGAAAAAGCCAGGUUUCAGCUUGAUUGAGCUGAAAGGGGAUAUGCACCAGUUCUUGGCCGGGAAUACUUAUGCCGGAAACAGAAAUAAAUACGCCAUGGAAGUGGAGAUCACUGAGAGAAUAUAGAAACACUAACAUACCAAAACCUAGCUUCUUGAUAAGAAUGCAUCCUGGGUUGAUUAUGAUGAACUUAAGCCACGACACCAUUAUAAGAAAUUUUACCUUUCGUGGGGUGUGUUCAUUGUAUGGAAUUAAGGUUGUGUAUAAUGACCGUCCAGUGGUGCAAACAAAGAAAUUCAACUGAUUAACAACAAAUGAGACAAAGAUAUUGUUGAAAGAUAGAGCUUGAAAUUCAAGUAGAGCUGUGUGAGCUGGCUUCUUUACUUCUUGAUAAUACAAAAUCUCUGAAUUUGUUUCUAAGUUGACAA